AUGAACGUUUCUCGCCUGACUAAAACUAAAAUAUUUUUUCUUCUUGGUCUAUUAACCAUAACAAUUUUAGGAACCCUUUUCUUAUUUCAAGUUUCGCCCAAUAACACCCAUCAAUCGCCUUCUUCAGAAAGUUUAGACACAAAGCGGCAACAAAUUCUUACAAAAAUUCAAAACCAGUUAACUGCAAACAACCUUAAUGAAAAUAAAUUGUGUCAAAAAUUGGAAGAAAAAUAUCCCACUAUUAUUGAUUUAAAGAAUUAUUUACAAACUGCCAACUCCCUAGAAAAAUUAAAUACUCUUUAUCAAGAAAUUCAAAAUGCUAUCACUUACUUAUGGGGAAUUAACAAAAAAAAUGAAAUUGGGGAUCCAUUAGCAGGAAUCGAUUUGAAUGGAGCAAGCAGAUCGGUAUUAUUAGGUCUUAGCCACUCAGCAGGAGAUGGAAAUUGUUUUUUAAAUUCUUUUGCCGUUCUUUUGACCGGUAGUCAAGAAAGAGACGCCACCAAAGAAAAACCCAACACUCAGGAAAAUGUGGCUACUCGGCUGAGAGUAGCAAUAUGUCUAGAAAUAAUGAAAGACUACGAUCCAAGUGAAUCGAAGGACUUAAAGGAAUUUGCUGAUAAUCAUUAUGCUUUGGAUAGCGAAUCAUAUGCCUUGGGUAAAUCUCCUGACACGGGAGGUAUCAUUAUGUCACCAUAUGAUGACGGAAAGCAGGGUAGAACACUUCCCUAUAAAGAGCCCUUUGUAGUUUAUCACGUUGGAAGUUUUCACUUUGAACCAUUAGUUUGUAAAAAAGAAGGAGGAACAAUUAACUUUAAUUACUCACACAAACCCUGUUCAGCAACUUCUGCCAAUAAUCUCACAAAAACAAAAGUCCGAGCUUUGCACAACCAAAACGAUGACUACACCAAGCAUCAGUUUGAAGGCAUAAAAUUAGAAAACUCCGAAACCGACGGAACAAAAAAAACAAAUAGAAACAUUAUUAUUGAUAUCGUAGAAAUUACGGAACGAGAAGGAGUAACAGAAGAAAAGAUAAAAGAAAUAAUUAUUGAUUCCUUUCGGAGUUCCUAUUGCCAAGGAGAAAAUGCCAAAGCUGAAUUACACUUUGAAUUCGAUUCUGGAUUGCAAUCUGAAACUGAGGCAGAACUUUAUGAUUUAUACAAACCCCAACAAGGAAAAAUAAUAAGGGGUUGGCUUAGAAGCACUCAAGAAAAAACAUAUUAUUCAAUUUCUCUAGGAAAAGGGACUGAAGUAAAAGAAAAAUCGACAAAGGAAACGCCACAAAUCAUCUUAACUCGCUCAAAUGAACUAUUUAUCCAGCGCAUACUAGAACAAGAAAUAUUAGAAAUAAAAAAGGGUAUUAUAAUUAUUCGCCACAUUUUACGUUUACCAGGUUUAGUAAGCAAAGUAAUAGUAGAAAGUACAGAUCCUAAACUUAACUUAAAAGGAACUUGUAUUGGUCAAGGAGGUCUCAGAAUAAAAAGUAUUUCCUCAUUGAUUAAUCCUGACAUUUACCAUCACGAGCGAAUAGAUAUAGCAGCCUGA